GCAUCCUCAACCACCACAUCAAACAUACAAACCAAGCUCAAGCUACAACUGCACACACCCUUCUCUUUCUCUUUUUCUUUCUCUCUGUUCUUCUCAUUGUAUGGCCGCCAAUUCGAGUAGCCGAGGGAUCACCGCCUUGGGGAAGCGCGUCGCCAACAGGAUCUGGACCUCCAAAUCCCCCUCACCUCCUCCCACUUCCAGCAGAAAAGCAAGUGGAGGGGCAGCAUACAGCACUAGUUCGGUGUACGACAAGAACCCUGAUGAUCAGAUCCAGUCUGGACCUGUUCCAGACGAUGUGAUCCACGCCACUCAGUCCGGCAAGUACUGGGCCCCACACCCACAGACUGGUGUAUUUGGGCCUCCCGGCGACCACCUUGCUUCUCCUCCGACCUCCUCCACUGGCGGCGGAGAAAGCUCCUUUCACUCUGAUGUGCUGGAGGAGAAGGCCUGGUUCCGCCCCACGAGCCUGGAGGAUUUGGAGAAGCCUCACAGUCUUCCUUGAUCACCAACUGCACUCAACGAACCCUUUGGUUAAGACAUUAUAUUAUUAAUAUUACAGAAUAAAUAAAAGACAGACAAACAACACUUGUCACUGUUAGUGAAUAAGUGAAAGUUUGUGUCGGUGAGUGAGUGAGUGAGCCUGGUGUGUGGGUUCGUUACUCCAUUUAGCUUGUUUUUGUAAAUUUACCGACUACCUUCUAUCUAGCAUAAUCAUGUAUGUCUCUUCUUUCUGUUUUCAUACUACUUUGAAUAUCAGACUUAUGCCUAUGCUUUUACUCAUAAA